UCCCUAAAUAUAAACAUCGUUUACGUUUUGCUAGUAUUUUUAAGAUUAUGAGUACAGAGUGCAAAUUUUAAAGUUGUUUGCUAGUUAAAUGUGAAAAAUUAAAAACAAAGUAAAAUAAUUAUCAAAAUCUUCUUUGUGCCACGUAUGUAAUGUUUUCUAACGAGCAGUAUUCGAGUGGACCAUCUCGGAAAGCAUUACUUUUACUUGAAGGUGUGUUUACGCUGCGGUAAAUAAAAGACUAAAAUGGCAGAAGCAGAAUUAAGAAAUAUGAUAAUGAAUUUCAGAGUAAGUGAUCUGCAGGUGUUAUUAGGUUUCGCUGGGCGAAAUAAAACGGGUAAGAAACAAGAACUACAAGGUCGUGCAUUAGAUCUGGUUAAAAUUAAAUCCCCUGCUGUCGAUAUGAAAGUUCGAGAGCUUCAUAAUCGUCGAUAUCAUCAUAUGCUUGCAACAAGGAACUAUGAACGGCAAGAUAGGCCUGCUAACGAUCAUUCAGUUCCUCACUAUGAACCUGUUGUAAACAAUAAUUAUGCUGUGCAUUGUAAUGCAAGUGUUAGACCUGCUUCUGUCAAUCAAGGUCCGAGCUCUAGUUAUUCUGCAAAUGCAAAGUCUUAUUUGCAGCCAAUGUCAGCACAGAGUGCUUUGCCUCGUUUUGAUGCAUAUCCAGAUGUGAAAUUUAAGGAUUUACCAUUUUAUGAUGUUUUGUAUGUACUUAUACGACCAACUAGUUUAGUGAAUGAAAUACCAGAGCGUUAUCAAGAAAACAAAUACCACUUCACAUUGACACCACAACAGGCUCAUGAUAUUGCUGUGUCAAAAGAUGCCAGUGGUGAUUAUGAGUGUCAAGUGUUAUUGCGUUUUUGUUUACUGGAAACUAGCUGUGAACAAGAAGAUAAUAUCCCACCAAGUAUAUGUAUAAAAGUUAAUGAUAAAACAGUUCAAUUACCCAGCCCUAUACCAACCAACAGACCUGGUGUAGAGCCAAAAAGGCCAAGCAAGCCUCUAAAUAUAACUAAUCACACCAAAAUUUCUCCAACAGUUCGGAACUCUAUUUACAUUUCAUGGGCUUCAACAUAUGGACGUUCUUAUGUGUUUGCAUUGUAUAUUGCUCGACAGCUUACAUCAACGAUUCUUUUAGAGCGUUUGAAAGCUAAUGGUGUGAGAAAUCCUGAUCAUACAACUGCUAUGAUAAAAGAGAAACUACAGCAGGGCCAAGAUGCAGAAAUAGCUACAACAAGUUUACGAGGAUCUCUGAUAUGUCCUCUUGGUAAAAUAAAGAUGGAAUUACCUUGUCGUUCUGUCACGUGCACUCAUCUUCAGUGUUUUGAUGCAUUUUUGUAUAUUCAGAUGAAUGAAAAGAAGCCAAAAUGGAUUUGCCCAGUAUGCGACAGACCAGCAUUAUUUAGAACAUUAGCUAUUGAUGGUUUAUUUAUGGACAUAGCAUCAAAAGUACCAUCGGAAUGUACGGAAGUGCAAUUCCACGAAGAUGGUUCUUGGGCUCCAGUUUUGCCAGUGAAAGAACCAAAAGAAACUAAAAAAACUGUCGUUGAAAGAGGUCCAAAGAAAAGUGCAAAUGCCAAUAAGAUAACAGUUGAAAUUGUAGAUUUAAGUUCUGAUAGUGAUUCUGAAGAGGUAUGGUCUUUUAAUGAUUCUAAAACAGAAGAAAAGAACACUCUUAAAACAUCUAGUGAAUCCUCACCAGUUGCUUUAUCUCCACCAGUAGUAUUUUUACCAACAGAUACUAACGUAACUAUAAAUUCUACACCAGUUUCUACCUCCUCUUAUAAUACAACUUGUGUUUCACCAGUUCCAGAAACAUUAGCUUUACCAACAAAUGGUCAAGCAGAACAGCCAGAACAUUUAACUAUUUUGCCUGAUCUUAUUACUUCUGUAGAUAAUUCAAUGCCAUCUACUUCCUCAAGUCCUGGUUUGGGGUCUGUUAAUUAUCCUCAUCUGCCAUUCAUUUCAACAGAUGCUACAUAUUGCCCACCAGUAUCUAAUGCAUUCCAAGAACAGACUGGAUUAUUAAGUAAUAAUCAGCAUUCUUAUUCUAAUGGGUUUGACUUUUUUUCUUUAUUGCAAAUACCUGAAAGUGAACAACAAAAAGAGAAGGAUUUUGAACAAAAAGAAAAUAGUUCAUCACCUGAUGUAAUAUCACUAGACUGAUAUUUUCUUAAACCAGUUUUCAUUCAUUAAAUUAUUAAAUCACCUCGUCAUGACGGAAUAUCAACUGUUACUGUAUGUUGAUAAACAGAUAAAAGUUUAUUUUUCAUUCAUUUUUUGUAA